AUGGAUGGAGAAGCAGCCGAUGAUGCUGAUGAUCAUUGGGAUAAUAAUAGUGUCAAAAUUAUGUUGAAUUUAUAUCUACAAAACAUUGAGAAAUUCAGAAAUCCAAAAAUAAGAAAGAAGAAUUUAUGGAUUGAUAUUUCCAGUGCCGUGGGAAAAGGCCCAGACUGUUGUAACAAAAAAUUUAGAAAUUUAAAGCAGACAUAUAUAAGAUUACUGAAAAAGAAAAUUAGGGACAACACAGCCAAUUUUAAAUGGCCAUACUUUAAUAUUUUUGAGGAUAUCUACGUUGUCGAUGGUGAGUAUCAGCCUGAAAUACAGCAAAAAGUACAAGAAGUUUCUAAUGAAAGUAUAGCAAAAGCUUUGCUUUCAAUGAGUGCACCUUCAAAGUUUGAUAAUAGUCAUGAAAAUGGGGAAACAUCAGGAGCACAGAGUGAAGAAGUAAGAAAAAGGCUAACUAGAAAACGAAAUACUGAACUUAGAAAAGUGACAUUAGAGAUUCGAGAUAGACAGAGAGUUGUAGAAGAAAAAUUAGAUAGAUUAAUUAAUAUUGUUGAAGAAUCCAAUAGUAUUCAAAGAGAACGUAAUAAACUUUUUCAAGAGUUUCUGGAGAAACUAAAUCAAUCAAGAGAAGAAUGUUGA